CCCCUCAUCCAUCGGCGCCCGCCGUGCCCAAAUCCGCCCGUGAAUUCCGCGUGAGGAUCGCGGCCGGCGUGAUCCCAUCCCAAUCCCGUAAAACUUGCCGUCUGCAGCAGCAGUGCCGCCCCUCCUCUCCCACCGCCCUCCUCCCUGUGUGCAGGCCGCAGCGCCACCCCUCGAUCCCCUCCAUCACCUUCCUCCCCAUCCGCAGGACACAGCGCCGCCUCCAUCCCCAUCCAUGGAGGCCGGCGGCUUGGAGAGCAGGGGCGGACGGUGGGUGGAGGCAUCUCCGGAGGGGCGGGGGCACACCGCGCUGUGCCGCGUGCUGGAUGCGCUCCGGCGGGCCGGCGGACCGAGGAGAUCCAGAUGGAGGCGGACUCCGUCAUCGAGGACGCCCGUGCCAAGGCCGUCUCGGCUGUCAAUGACCUCCCGCGGGGCCGCCGGCCCGAGGAGAUCCAAAUAGAAGCGGACUCCAUCGCAAGGAGGUUCGUGCUUCGCCGUGCGCCUCGGCGAUGUCGCGGCGGCCGAGAUGCUCGUGGCGGCCCAGCCAUGGCAGCAGCAAUAGCAGGCGACGAUGAUUGUGGAGGGGCCCUCGCCGCGCUGCUGGAGUGGUGCGGCGGCGCCUUGCCGUUUCUCCAGGCGACCGUCGGCGUCUCGCCUGCCGGUCAGGCCUAUUCCGUGACCCGUCCGCGGUGAGCAAGGUCUGGGCGAUGGCGACGACCGCUAGGGCUGAUGUGGAGGCCAAGGAGAGGGCGGCCAGGGAGGCGAAGAUGAAGGCGGAGGUGGAAGGCAGGGGCUGGAGUGGAGAAGGCGGCCAAGGCUGUGGCGGCGGCGGACAAGCCAGAGAGCUCGGCGGAGAAGGACAGCAGAGGUGCAUAAGAAGGAGGACAACAUGAGACGUUAUAGAGGAGAAAGCUCAUGACCUGAUUGCAGAUGCCAUUACAAAACUGGAGAUGGAGUACGGCGUCGCCUCUCACGCCGCCCUCCUCGCCGUUGUUCUGCAAGCAGGUCAGCGGUCCCGUCUACCGCUCGUGCUGCCAUCACUGCCGUCUAUUCAGAUCCAGAAUUGUUUUUAUUCCAUAUCAUCACUUCCCACUAAAUGUUAGGCCAGUGAGAAGAUGGGGAGCUCCUAUAGCAAGUAACUACUCGGAGUUGUUUACUGGCAACCUCCUAAGUCAGCUACGAAUAAGAUUGAAAGAAUCAUCAGGGAACCGGUGGUCAGUAGAUAUGGUUCUGAUGAUGGACUUCUAGAACAUCGUGAAGCACUUCUUGAAAAGGUAAAUUCUUUAUUUGUCAAGUGAGAAAUGAGAACAAGAUUCAUUUGCGUGUCUUUUGGAAAUUUGGAAGGAAAAAUCAUGAUGCAAGGAGCUGCAAAUUGUCUCUGCAAUUUUGUCUGAGUAACAAUAAAAAAAAGCAUGAGAUCA